CGGGCACAGCGCCGGGCGGGGCGGGGCGGGGAGCGCGGCCGGCCGGGGAUGGCGUCUAUGGCGGCUGCGAUCGCGGCCUCGCGCUCCGCCGUCAUGAGCGGGAACCGGCCUCUGGACGACCGGGAGCGAAAGCGCUUCACGUACUUCUCCUCGCUGAGCCCCAUGGCCAGGAAGAUCAUGCAGGACAAGGAGAAGAUCCGCGAGAAGUACGGGCCCGAGUGGGCGCGGCUCCCGCCGGCGCAGCAGGACGAGAUCAUCGACCGGUGCCUGGUGGGGCCGAGCGCCGCGGCGGCCCGCGAGCCCGGGGACGCGGACGACCUCGCGCGUUUCCCCAGCCUGCGGGGGCCCACCGGCCUGAAGGUGGUGCGCUUCGGGGACGAGGACAUAACUUGGCAAGAUGAACACUCUGCCCCCUUUUCCUGGGAAACAAGGAGUCAGAUGGAAUUCAGCAUUUCCUCCUUAACAAUCCAAGAACCAAGCAGUGGCUCUGCCCCCAGUGAGCUGAAGCAGCCAUCCAAAACGACUCAGAUCUCACAGGCCCUUCGGCCCUCCCAGGGCAGCAAGUCCUCCAUCCUGGAUGCUUUGGGUCCUGCCCGGAAGGAAGAGGAAGCAUCCUUCUGGAAGAUCAAUGCCGAGCUCUCCCGGGGGGAGGGGCCUGAGUCUGAAUUCCAGUCUCUAACGCCCAGUCAGAUUAAGUCCAUAGAGAAAGGUGAAAAGGUCUUGCCUACUUGUUACCGGCAUGACCCUGCCCUAAAGGACAGGGAAGCCAAGGUGGAAAAGCCAGGGAACCCCCGCCAGGAGCAGGGUAUCCUUCCCAGCAUCAUGAUGGAGCAGGAGCGACCCCAGCCUGUCCAGACCAGUAUUGGCACAGAGAAUGAUGCGACCCCGUCACAGCCUGGGUCCAAGCUGCCCUCUCUGGAGGCCAAGGAAGAGGAUGUGGAGGAUGCAGAAGAUGCUCUUUUCUCCGAAUCUCUACCUGAACAGGCCAGCUCAAGUAAUGUCAUCUUGAAGACGGGAUUUGAUUUUCUGGACAAUUGGUAAAGUAUGUUAGGAGAGAAGCAAAACAAACGAAAAAUGCUCAAGAGACCCAAAGUGGUGUUGUGAAGGAAGAUCAAAAUGGUGGUAUUUUCCCUCUGUACUUUCCUGGUUUCUGUAUAUGCUUUUCUUACAUCUUUGGAAUGCCAGAUAUAUGCUAUUUUCAAUGAUUUGAUAACAGAAGUUUUACAUUUGGAAUUUCUAAAGAAGGUCAGGAAUUCAAUAACUCAUAUAUAAAACUUCUGCUCUUAGCUCCACCCACUUCUCCCCUCCCUGGCGAUUUUUCUUAUUCAUGUCACAAAAAUCCUAAAAGUGAUUUCCAUCUACCCUUUUACCCUCCGUUUUACAAAAGUGUAUGGGAUUACCUAUGAUGGUUGGUUAAGAUAGUGUCAUGUUGACUGUGACCUUGAAGGAUUUUGCCCCACCCGACCAUGUGGUCUCACCCAACUCUCAGCUGCCAAGGACUUCCAUUGUUGAAGCCAGUUUCUUCAGUAGAGUGCCACCCUCAUGUCAUUUCCAGGAAACACUAUUGGCACAUGGCAGAGAUCGUAUUUAAGCUGCCCAGAUACUUAUUCAAACUAGUCAUCAUUUAAAAAGAGUUGCACGGUAGCAUUUUUAUAUUAACUUUUGAAAAUUUUGUAUCUAGAUUUAGCAAUUGUAGAUUUAGCAGUUUCCCACUUGGGUUUUUACUGGUUUUCCUUUGGAAGUUCAUCUCUGUGUGGCGCUGUGGUCUCUGCCGCUCUGACAGUGGGGCAUCCACAGUAGUCAGGGUUGAUGGCGCGAGUGACUGGAUGACUCCACUCUUCUGCUUACCUGUGUUAGAACUUUCCAGCCUGAGACAGACAGGGCCAGUGGACAUCCCUCCUUCCAAGGACUAGUCAAGCUCCACCACCAUGGACCCUUCGCCACCCUGACUGUGGACAGACCAGAAAAGUCAAGUUUCUGCAUUGCCUCAGCAUCACCCCCCAAAAUCUUUGUGGUCCUAGCAGUGGCAUCUUCUGGAGGCGCACUUGUCUUCCUUCUGUGGGCUUUGUUGCUCAAGGUUUGACAGGGAGGACUAUGUGCCUUACCCUGAAAGCCUGUGCCCUGAGUCGUGUCAGGCUACAGUACAUAUCCAAGUGUGUUCCACACGUCGCUUCUCACUGUGUUCUCCUCACCUAAAGCCUUAAUAAUCCCUGUGAAGCCUGCCAGCAAGCACCCAGUUUCAGUAUAAAUAAAUAAAGUGUCUCCUUUAAAAUGCCUUCAGUUUCAUAGGACCAUCAGAAACGAUUUCCAGAAUUUUAUCUGAGUCCAAAGUAAAGCACACAGCAACUUUUAUUUAUGUAAUUUUUUUUUUUUUUUGGCCAGAAGAUUUUGCCAAAGCUGUGGCUUUGUUGUAUUUUAGUUCCUGCCAAAUUGGCUUCCUGUCUCUACACCUCAUUUGAUCCCUUGUGUUCCUGGAUUUUUUCCUUCCUCUUUUGGUGACUGUAUCAUGGCAAAUACAGGUUCUUUUGUCCUUAUUUAAAUGUAAUUGAAACAUAAAAGAGAAAAAAGGUUUCUAGCAUAGUGAUGAAAGAAAGAGGAUCCCAGCUCAAAACAGUGCAGCAGGGUGCCAGUACCCAGUCCCUGGGCUCUGAGCUGUACCACUUUCACUUUUGGGAACAAGGUGCUAUGACUCAAUGGAGCGUUCAUCUUUUUAAAAAGAAAUAGAGGGGCUGGAGCAGUAGCACAUCGGGUAGGGCGUUUUCCUUGCACGUGGCUGGCCCAGGUUCAAUUUCCAGCAUCCCGUAUAGUCCCCUGAGCACCGCCAGGGGUAAUUCCUGAGUGUAGAGCCAGGAGUAACGCCUGUGCAUUGUCAGGUGUGACCCAAAAAGCAAAAAAAUAAAUAAAUAAAAAAUAAAUAGAGGGGCUGGAGCAAUAGCACAGUGGAUAGGGUGUUUGCCUUGCAAACGGCUGACCCAGGUUUGAUUUCCAGCAUCCCAUAUGGUCUCCUGAGUACCGCCAGGAGUAAUUCCCGAGUGCAGAGCCAGGAGUGACCCUGGUGCAUCACCGGGUAUGACCCAAAAAGCAAAAAAAGAAAUAGAGGUGUAGAGAUGUUAGUUUGUUUCUUUGGGUUGGUAUAAUUAGAAGGCUCUAUGGGUUAGUUAAGCCCCAGGUGAUCUGUUUAAUCUUGUGGAAGAAGAUUCUGACUUCACUCCCAUUUUCUCAUGAAGUCCAGUGUUCUCUUCAGGCUCUUUCCCAUGAGCUGAGGGGAUGUGGGAUUGUUGAAGCUUCUGCUCCCUGUAGUAAGGGUUCAUUCCCAAGCAGUAUUUAGUGGCACAGUCUCCCAAAAUUAAAUGUGAAAUAAAACUUGGGAGGUGCUAGAGGCAGUCCUAAACUUUUGUUAUUUGGCUCUGCUUUUAGGAAUAAAGGGAUGUGAGGGAAAGAGGGAAGUCCGGGAAGACAAAUGCAAGUCCUCUGAACCCAGCCAGGUUGUGCAGUCUGCUCCUUCCCCAUCCUCCCGGGAAGCUAUGUAUACUGUGUCCAGGCAAGGAAAAAGCAAGCUUGGAUAUUUCCCUCCAUCAGAAUGGAAUUCAUAUUUUUAAAAGCACACACUUUUGAGCUAAAGCCUGUUUGUGGUUUUGGACACCACUCCUCCUUCCCCUCUGCAUAUGGGAUUCAGCUUAAGGAUUCAGUAGCCUGCUUUGGAUGGCUAUAUUUUGCAAAUAUCUUCCUCAGGAAGUCAGAAACUGUCUCAAUUCUUUCUACUAGGAUUCCGUUCCCCCCUGGGUUUGGGAUUGUUGCCUCCUCUGUGGGAACAGCGAGAUCCCCCAACUAGUACCCCACCCCACAUGGAUAUUGUAACAGCCUCCCUUUCUUUGAUACACUUUUUAAAAUGGAAAUAUUCUUACUUCUUGUAACUUGGUUGUAUUUUAUAUUAAUAGUCUUUAAUAAAGUCAUUUAAACUAUG